UGGGUACUGAGUAGUGGGUAGUGGGUAUAGCAUCACAUCUUUCUGUUUAUGUUGAUUUAGGGGCAUUAUCGAAAGCAAGUGGGGCUUUCAAGCCGAAGCACGUAGCAUCGCAGCUUUAGUGGACCGGCGGGGAUCCAAUGGAGAGCAUAUGCAUUUGGAACAGGCUAUAUCUGAACCUGAACCUGAAUUUGACCCUGUCAUCCAAAGAUCAAUGCCGUGCAGCGGGAAAGUGACCUCGUGAAGAUUUCAUUUAGCUGGAAGAAAGAGUGAAAGAUUUCAUUCACCUCGGCCAAAAAGUGAGAGCAACUCGCAGCUGCGGAAAACUAAUGCAUGCGCACAGCUUUCGGCGAUCUUCGGUUUUUUGGUAUUAUCACGGUUAUAUAAGCCGUGUGGACCGCUCCCACAGUCAGUGCAAACUUUUGACGAGCCAAGAGCACAGUGAUCCGAUAAGAACCCCUUUAACAACAUGCUAGCCUGCAAGCUUCUACUCGCCUUGGUCAUGGGAAUGCACUGCAUUCAACUGCUAAUGGCGGCCUGCGUGUGCUCCGAGAAGGGAACGGACUACUGCCAGAGCUGCCAGGGAUCGACGGUGAUCCGGCCGAAGCCCCGAUACUACGAGCCCAGCGAUGUGAACCUACCGCCAAUCGGCGACAACUGCUGGUGCAGCAAGCAGCUAAUCGAGCCGGCCCAACUGCCCAAGACCUGCGGCAAAACCACGCCGUGCAAGCCCACCUGUUCGUGCCAGCAGAUCAGCUCCGACAGCAGCUACGCCUCCUCCUCCAGCAGCUACGCCUCCAGCUCCUCCAGCUCGGGAUCCGUCUACGGCAAAAUCGACUACGCGGCGGAGAAGAAGGUGGACAACAGUCCGUCAGCGGAUCCCAUCAGCGUGAGCCUGGCCGCCCAGGCGGGAAAGGCCAUCAAUGUGCCGGAGGCCAAGUUGGCCUACGGAUUUGCCCAGAAGCCCGUCGACGGUGAGAAGAAGGUGGUGUUCUCCAACGUGCCCGAGGAGAAUCUCUUUCAGCUGAAGAGCGACGUGAUCACGCUGAAGAAGCGCACCUAUGCGGCCAAGCAGGAGGACGAGGAGGAGUACGCCGAGGAGGAGCUGGAGCAGGAGCAGUCCGCCGACGAUGAGGAGGAGGCGCCGCAACUAACCUACAAGCAGCUGGGCUACAUCACCGAGCAGUACAAGAAUCCGAAGUUCCGCAAGAUCAGCAGCUCCCGUUCCAGCUAUGCGUACAAGGAUUACAGCAAGGAUUCCAGCGAAAGCAGCUACGGCAAAGUGGCCGGCAAGGUGUCCGUGGACUGUGGCUUCAAGCCCGGCCGGAUCACCUCGUACCGGAAGGCGAAACGCGAGGAGUCCGAGGACGGUUACUACUGAAUGAAACCCAUCUCCAAUUGCAAUCCUUUCGCUUGUAAAUAUGUAUAUAUACGCCAAGGAGGGAAUGCAUAUGUUUGUCUAAGUUAGUCUUACAAAAUAUAUAUGUAUUAUUAUACAAAAUGCAUGGCAAGUGGUUUAAAUACUUUUAACUAUUUAAUAAUAGCAGAGCUCUAAAGGCACGUUUUAAUUGUCUCAUAAGUGGCUCAAUAGGCCAACAAGAAAAUGGGAUGUGGAGUAGAAGUAUUUUACUAUAAAAUAUGAUUGAAUAACUCUAUAAACUAUUAAGUGCAGUUUAAAUGUAGUUCAGCAUCAUUAAGUCUUUAAGAUAUUCCCACGACAUAUUAUUUCACUUAUUUGCUUAAUGAAUUUCACGAUUACAGUUGAGCAUAUCUAAUAAAGAUUUAACACUUUUUGAUAGUUCGUAAUCAAGUACAGCACUCAUA